AUGUCCCGAAUAUUAAGACUUGCUCUACUUAUAGCUGAUACGCCAGCACCAUCUAUAGUUUCUAAAGAGGGAGACUAUCUGGUUCAGUAUACCAGACUCUUACAAUCUUCUAUUCAAAAUUAUGGAUUAGAUGUAAGCUUAAAAAUAGACCCAUAUGACGUUGUCAAUGAAAUGGCACUUCCGACAGAGGAGGGAUUAAAAGAUAUUGACGGAAUCAUGAUUACCGGAUCAGCUGCUAGUGCAUACGGCGACGUGCCUUGGAUAAACAAUUUAGCUGACUUUAUGAAGCAUGUCAUAAAUAAUCAUCCGAGGGUGAGGGUUGUUGGCAUUUGCUUUGGACAUCAAAUCGUUGCAAGAGCAAUGGGAGGAACUGUAACGAAAAAUCCGCUCGGUAUGGAGGUCGCAGUCACUGAAUUUGCAUUAACAGAAGCUGCAAAACAAUUUUUCAAGACAAAUCGAAACGGCAUUAAAAUACAAGAAAUGCAUCAAGAUUACGUUUCCGAAAUUCCUCCGAAUUUUGUUAACCUUGGCUCGACGCCAAUGUGUGCAAUCCAAGGCCUUCUAAAGCCAUCACACGUCCUUACCAUACAAGGACACCCUGAAUUUACUGCUGCGGUUGUCAAGGGAAUUUUAACAUCACGUGUAGGUGUGUUUUCUCCAGAAGAAGUUGAGAAAUAUUCGGCUCGUGCUGAGCUCGAACAUGAUGGGAUAUGGCUAGGAAAAACAUUUAUUGAGUUCAUAUUGGAUGGAGAAGUAAAAGCCGAUGACGAAAACGAGAACGCAACAAGUCAUGUGUAA